GCCUGGCGGCAUUCCCUCCGCGUUUUCGCCUCCCUGAGCUCACGGCAGCUUCGGGCUGACGAGGGUGUGGCACAUGUAUUGAGGGCUUUGGGAAUGGCGCGCCAAUGGAACGAGGCGUUGGAGUUGCUGCACUCCAGCCAGUGCCAAAGCGACGACUGGUGCCUAAGUGCAGCGGUUUGGGCGUGCCAAGUGGCAGGAGCCACAGAUGUAGCCUCUGAACUUCUUUCUCAGCGCCUUGAGCAAGAACGAGCCUCACGCAGGAAGCGCAAGGAAGUGCGGCUUCUCGAACACCUCGAGCAGACGGCUGUGAGGGAUUGUCCCGCUAGUGUUAUCAGCUGUUUGGAGCAGUUUGCCACGGAGAACAGCUGGCUCAAGGUGGCUGGUGGUGAGAAAGCCAAGGUUUUGGAGGCGGCAGUUCGGCCCACAGAUCGGGUCCUCGAAAUCGGCGCUUAU